AUGCGCGUCUCCCUUCUGUUCUCUUCGGCCUUGGCCACCCUCCUCGCUCCCGCCCUCGCGGACUAUCAAGAGUGCCCUGACCACCUUGCGCCUGUUACUCAGUUCUACCUCUUCGGCAACGAGGACUGUGCCAACAAUGGACCCGGCAAGCGGCUCGGCAACGUCCGCGUGUGCAUGACGGAUCUCGCUGAGCACAACUACGGCGAGCCGCAGGGCUGCCACAAGCUGGAGCAGGAAGGCGUGCUGUCCAUCUCGCAGUGGACAAACAUCCAAGGAUGCAACCUCUACAUGUACACUGAUGCUGAAUGCCUUACCGGCAUCAAAGAGCUUACCGACAUGGGCGGAUGCAACUCCCCGUCUGGGGAUUACAACGGCAAGCCGUGGCUGGCUUACCGAGCUUGGUGCCCGCCAAUGUAA